CGUGAACAUCAGCACGUUGGACAGCGGCUCCAGCCUCACGCCGCCCACAGUGGACGGGGCGAGGGCUGCCUCAGCCGAGCGCCGUGGGCUUCACGGGCGAGGAAGUUCCUUGUUUUUUGAGGGGGGGAGAAGAAAAUCAAGUGUCAGCAUCCUGCAGGGUAAGCGCGGAGAAAGGGAGCAGGAUCUCCAGGGGGGGGGGGGGGGCCGCCAUGUGAAGAGGCACUCCACCGCUGCGGGCCUGCACGGGAAAGAUGCGCUGAGGAUGGUGCGCGGCCGCUUUAACCGAGCCACCAUGGGCAGUUGCUGCGUAAUUUCGGCACAUUUCGUGUUUGGAGGAAUCCUGCUCUCGCUUCCUCUCAUCGCCUUUCUGUGUUUACGGCGCAGGGACGGCUGGGGGAAGAGCUGACGCUAAACCGACACGCAAUGCUCCAUCGUCGCGUUGGAUGAAACAAAACCGAUUUAAAACAAACAAGAGAGAGGGGAAACUUUACGACGUGGAGCUGUUUGAGGAGGACAAGGUGUGGGACAAUGCCCGCAGAGACAGCAGGGAAGUGAUGGAUGCCACCGCGGAGAAACAAAGGACUCCCACGUGCUGCUCGCCUCCUCUGUUGUGUAAUGAAAAACUCUGACAUAAAUGGCUUCAAUCAGUGGGAUUUUAUAGGCGACCAACCUCCAUUUGAGACCCAAAUUGAUUCCCCUAUUCAGGCGGAGCACAUUUUGAGGAAAACACCUUGGAGACCUCCUGAUUUUAAUUAUCAUCCAAAACAUCUGUUGGGCCCUUUUGAACCUGCUGGAUCUCAGCUGGUCCUUUCAAUUCUAACUGUUUGGCUCAGGGCUCCUUGGUUUUUUUUUUGUUUUUUUGGGGUCCUGUAAUUGAAUCCCAGAAAACAGAAAACGCCUCCAUCCAUGAAGGAAAAACAGUAGUCGUUCCCCAUUGGUCGGAUCGCAGUGCACAUGCUAUAACAACAGGAUAUGCAAAGGGCCACGGGCUGAUCUGACAGCCUAUCAUGUUUCGAGCAUGCUUUUUCAAUCCGGAUUUGUAGUUUUUUAAUGUCACAAGAUGUGAACUGUUUACUGAGAUACAUAGUAGCAGGAAUACUGCUAAUAAUAAUGACCAUGAGGAUGUUUUGGGAGGGAAAACUAACAAAAAGGGCUGUGCCUGUGCUGUAAAGCUGCUGAGACAUGUUCAAGUAUCGUCUUCGAAUGGUUUUCAAUGAACUCAAAGUGUUGCUGCUGAUGCACUCAGAAUCAAGCAGGAGGACUGACCCAGGCACAGACCCACAGCGGACCAGGAUGAGAGGGUUCACCAUCGGUGGCUGUGGCUGGCCACAGAUGAGCUGCUCCCACCAGGACGAUGAGGAGGAGUACUAUGGGUCGGCUCCCCGGCCCCGCAGCCUGGCCUUUGAGGAUAAAGAGGGAGCCAGACCCCAGGGUGGAGGAGGAGGAGGUGUGGAUGCGUCCUCGCUGCCAAGUCUCUCUGAGAGUGGGAUGCAAGCGCAGCAGUGCCGGAUCUGCUUCCAGGGGCCAGAAAAGGGGGAGCUGUUGAGCCCUUGUCGCUGUGACGGCUCCGUGCGCUGUACUCACCAGUCCUGCCUGAUCCGCUGGAUCAGCGAGAGGGGCUCCUGGAGCUGUGAGCUCUGCUACUUCAAGUACCAGGUCCUGGCCAUUAGCACCAAAAACCCGCUGCAGUGGCAGGCCAUCUCUCUGACUGUGAUUGAGAGGGUGCAGAUUGCUGCCAUCGUCCUGGGUUCUCUGUUCCUGUUCGCCAGCAUUUCCUGGUUGGUGUGGUCGUCGCUCAGCCCCUCGGCCAAAUGGCAGCGGCAGGACCUCCUGUUUCAGAUAUGCUACACCAUGUACGGCUUCAUGGACGUAGUAUGUGUAGGCCUUAUAAUCCACGAAGGAUCAUCUGUUUACCGGAUCUUUAAGCGCUGGCGGGCAGUGAACCAGCAGUGGAAAGUGCUGAAUUAUGAGAAAGCCAAGGAUUUGGGUGACUCCGUCAGCUCCGGCAGCAAAUCCGCCGGUCAAGUCGAAAGGAACUUUUCGAACAGCGUCGCAGUCGACGGGAGGAGAACGAGUCGGCACGUCAGGGCUAUUCUCACCCACCACUGUGGCUACACCAUCCUGCACAUCCUCAGCCAGCUGAGGCCCUCCAACAUGCACAGUGCCAACCAGGAGGUGGUCAUGAGGGUGACCACGGUGUGAAGCCAGGUCACAAGCAGAAAGGUGCUGCGGUCCUUGAAUAGGGAGUAAAAGUGCUGAUAAAAACAAAUCCUAAUGUGCCAUAAGAACUACCUGAAGCUGAACAGACAAAAUAUGUUCUUUUGUUCCACGAGGAAUCGUGUGUUUCUGCGCUGUGCGGGUGGUUUCUAGCACUUUAAAGAGAAAGGCUGCUGGUUCAAAAAGACAUUUCUAGAGGAAGGAAUAAAUGGAUUGUAAAACAUUCCUCCUCCUGGUCUGGAUAAGUAU